AGGAAUGAUUCUCUCUCCUCUGAUGGGAAAACCAAACUUUUUUAUGCUGGUCACCACCAAGGGAUAGUGUAUGGUAUACUGCUGUCUUCUUACUAACUUAAACAGAACUAUGGUUUGCUUACAGUUUUUUUUUCUUCACAGUUAUCUGUCCUUGCCCUGGUGAGGGAGAGGACCCUUACAGCAUGGAGAACAUUCCAGACAACCUCAUUUAUUGGAUGAAAAUGAAGGAUGGCAUUAUUUAUGUAUAUGAAAACACUGAAGCUCUGAGUAUGAACAAACCACGUUGUCUGCCUUAUCCAGACCUGGAAACAUUUGCCAUUGACAUGAGUCAUGUCCUCGCCAUGAUUGCUGAUGUGCCUAUUAAGACCUAUUGUCAUAGACGACUAAAUUUCCUUGUGUCAAAGUUUUACCUACAUGAAAUGCUCAACGAAAUGGCGGAACUAAAAGAACUCAAGGGUGUUCCUCAUAGAGAUUUGUACAAUGUCAGAAAGGUAGACACACAUAUCCAUGCAGCAGCAUGUAUGAACCAAAAACACCUGCUUGAUUUCAUCCAAACUACCUAUAAAACUGAUGCAGAGGGAGUUGUCCUUGAGAAGGUGGGGCUUAAGCUAACUCAAACAGGUGUUUAACAACCUGAAUAUGGACCCUUAUGAUCUUACUGUAGACUCCUUAGAUGUUCAUGCCCUAAGUAGCAUCUUAUUUACAGUAUAUGUUGUAUAUGUUACAGCCCAAUGAUAUG